CCGGUCCGCGCUGGGUAGCGGUCCGCGUCCUCUGAGCGCCGAGUGGGGUUGGAGGCGGGGCCGGGCCGCGGCGCGGGGCCGCCGUGCUCCGCGCUUCUGGGCGCUCCUCCGCGCUGUGUGCCCACAGGAUUAUGGCAGGAAAAGUGAAAUGGGUCACUGAUAUCGAGAAGUCGGUGCUGAUAAAUAACUUUGAAAAGAGAGGAUGGGUCCAAGUGACAGAAAACGAGGACUGGAAUUUUUACUGGAUGAGUGUGCAAACCAUCCGCAAUGUUUUUAGUGUCGAGACUGGCUACCGGCUCUCAGAUGAUCAAAUAGUCAACCAUUUCCCGAACCACUAUGAACUGACGCGGAAGGAUCUGAUGGUGAAAAACAUCAAGAGAUACAGGAAAGAGCUGGAGAAGGAAGGGAGUCCUUUGGCAGAGAAGGACGAAAGUGGGAAAUACCUCUACCUGGACUUCGUCCCCGUCACCUACAUGCUGCCUGCCGACUACAACCUGUUUGUGGAGGAGUUCAGGAAAAGCCCCUCUAGCACCUGGAUCAUGAAACCUUGUGGCAAAGCCCAGGGAAAGGGCAUCUUUCUGAUCAACAAGCUCUCGCAAAUCAAAAAGUGGUCCCGGGACAGCAAAACAUCUUCGUUCAUGACUCAGUCUACCAAGGAAGCCUACGUGAUCUCUCUGUACAUUAACAACCCGUUACUAAUCGGCGGCAGGAAGUUUGACCUGCGCUUGUAUGUUCUGGUGUCUACGUACCGCCCACUGCGCUGCUACAUGUAUAAACUUGGAUUUUGCCGCUUUUGCACAGUAAAAUACACCCCGAGUACCAGUGAGCUGGACAACAUGUUUGUUCAUCUCACCAACGUUGCCAUUCAGAAACACGGGGAGGAUUACAACCACAUCCAUGGGGGCAAGUGGACGGUACACAACCUGCGGCUCUACCUGGAGAGCACCCGAGGCAAGGAGGUGACCAGCAGGCUGUUCGACGAGAUCCACUGGAUCAUUGUGCAGUCCCUGAAGGCCGUGGCGCCAGUGAUGAACAACGACAAACACUGCUUUGAGUGCUACGGCUAUGACAUCAUCAUCGACGACAAGCUGAAGCCCUGGCUGAUCGAGGUGAACGCGUCCCCAUCCCUCACCUCCAGCACUGCCAACGACCGAAUCCUUAAGUAUAACCUGAUUAAUGACACCCUCAACAUCGCCGUCCCUAACGGCGAAAUUCCAGACUGUAAAUGGAACAAGUCACCCCCAAAGGAAGUCCUUGGCAAUUAUGAAAUUCUGUACGACGAGGAGCUGGCACAGGGCGACGGGGCUGACCGAGAGCUGAGGAGUCGGCCGGGCCAGUCGCUGGGGCCCAGAGGGGGCCGAUCGAGAGACUCCGGGAGGACCGUCCUCACAACCUGGAAGUGACCACCAGCGAGCAAAACUCCAGCCUGCACCCACCCUUGCUGAAGACGUAUUUUGGAAACUUCCUUUUUCUAGAGCUUUUUUCCUUUCCUAAACCCUGUAAAUAAAUAAAGGCAUUUCUUUGGAAGGUUAA